AUGUAAAAAUCAACUAUCUCUAAUCAUUUCCAAUCCAUAUCACCUCCUUUUCUUCUAUCUAAGCGUUUGAAAUCAGAAGGACCAGAUUUUUUAACCUAGUUAGAUUAGAAUGCUUAACGAUCCAUCUUAAAAAGGAUGUAACGAAGUGAAUUACAAAUGACAGAGCCGGAUUAAAAACCUACCUUAAGUAAUUUCUGAAUGUAUGUUACAAGAAUAAAAGCAGAACAUUAAAGUACGUCCCAAAGUUAUUCGAACCAAGUAGCCAUCUCUUCCUUAUCUUAAAUUAGAUGAAAAGCAGUACUAUGAUAAAUGGUAUGUCCCUUAUGACUAGAGAUAUAUUCAAAAAGUUACUAUGACUUAAGAAUCUUAUUCAGGUAAGCUAAAUCUCUUACUUAGAUCCAUUGCACUUCUAUAAAAACAUGCAUAUUGGAAAUGCUUAAUAUGACCCAUUUGAAAUUAAAUUACCAUAAGAGAUUUAAAGAAGUAUUGAAUAUAAACACAGAUCAGAAAUCUUAAGGGAUCUGUUAAGAGGUUAGAAAAUGAUUAUUGAAUUCAAGAAGUAAUUAGUACAUAAUGUUAAGAACUUUGGAGCAAAAUUAAUAACGUAUUCCAUAAUUCUUAAAGAAGAUCUUAGAAGAUAAAAAAUAGCAAUAAUCUAAAAAAUGAUGAUAAUAUAAUUGAUCAAAUUCCAUAUAUAUCUCUACACUACAUGCUAAUCAGUCUUCUCAAAGUUAAUUUUCCUUUCGAUUGGAAAAUUUAUGUUUUUAAAAACAUUCCAUUACUUUUUCAUUCGAAUUAACACAUAACAUUAAACAUUUCGAAUUAAUUAUGAUUUUAUCAAAUUAAUUCUUAAUUCUGUAAGCAUAACAAACAUACUAUCAUCUAAUAGCAAAAUGCCAUUAUGA